AUGGGACCUCUCGAGCGCAGUUUGCUCGGGCGUUUCCCGGGCACGCGUCCCCGCGUGAGGCGUCUGCCAAGGCUAGUCCCUAACCAGCCUCUAGAGCGUCCCGCCCUGCCUUCGUCAUCGCGGGCCUCUUCGUGGUCGAGCGUCUCGACAUCGCCUUCUUUCUCUGCCUUCCCCUCUUUUCUCAGGGCUCCUUUCGGCAUGUUCACUUCUUCUGUCCCCUCGCCUUCGUCCUCUUGCAAGCGUGUUAGGUUGUCUGGUUCCUCCUCCGUCGCCCCUGCUCGGCCGCUGGCUCCUACACGGGUGUCAGCAGUCAGGACACAGUCUUCACUUCCUUCUGGCGCACUGCGUUCUUCGUAUGCGACGUCCUCUUCUCUCUCGUCUGCUCUCACGUCUUUCGUCUCUUCAUGGGCGCGGUCUCCGCGUUCGAUUGGCGCGCCGUUUCUGCGUCGCGUUGUCUCCUCUCCUUCCGCUCUCAGCUCUGGCCUCCUGUCCUUAUUGCAUUCCGUCCCCGCCUCUUCUCUGCGGCUCUUCUCUUCACUGAGCGCGGCGAAUUCCAGCGGCCGCCCGUCUCCCGCGCCGAAGCCUGCGGCACUCUACGUCGCAAAAGAGGCGAAUGUGUAUACAGUGGAAGAACUCCAGCGCGUCAUCAUGCAGUCACCGUCCUUCUCUCCGGACCGCGACCCCCUCUUGCUUGAGAACUUUUUUUCCACGGUCGAAGACGAUCCGUCUGGCACUGCGGCCUCCGUCGAGGACGAGGACGGAGUCGAGAGCGCGGAGCGUAUGUUGAAGGAGCUGGGAGGCUUCGAGCAGAAAGAGGAGGAAGGCGAGACGUCCGAGCGGAAGGAGGCCGAGGACAGCGGCGAAGCGUCGCUCAUCUCCGGCGCGAUCGUGCGUGCCUUCAAUCCAGCUCGAAUGAAGGUUUUCACGCACGGAGGCUGGGAGUGGCUCUGGCAGGCUGAAGGCACAGGCACGCGGAAGCGAGCCGCUGCGCACGUUAUCAUUCGCAGGGGGACGGGGCAGGUACGCGUGAACAACGACGAAGAUCUCUACGUUCGGUGGCCGUUCUACUACAACCGGAUGGACGUCAUGCAGCCCUUCUACUUGACCGGAACCGCGGGGGUCUACGACUUGUUCAUUCACACCCGAGGCGGAGGGUCCUCAGGGCAAGCGGGCGCCGUUCGCCUCGCCCUCGGGCGCGCGCUGGUAAAUGCUUGUCCGCAGUGUGCCAAGCUGCUUGAGGAAGAUAUGGUGCUCUACGAGGAUACACGGCAACGAAUGCCCAAGAUGCCUGGUCGAAUGAAAGCGCGCAAGAUGAGAACAUGGACAAAACGAUGA